CGAUUGUGCCGAAACAUCAGCUACGAUUGUGUUGUAUGUGUGUUAUUGUAUGGAAGUAAACGUAUGCUGUUUAACAACCUCGCGAUUGCUGAGAGAGAAAACGACGAAUUCAUAAUUCAAUACCGAGGAACUUUAUCUGAGUUCAAACACUUCAAGUUCUACCAAAUUCCAUGGGAGAUGACAUUUGUUGAUGGACAUUUUAAUGUUGGCCAACUGAUCAUGCUGGAUGUAAUCCCAAAAUGCGGGCAGUGGAAAAUUGACUUGCUUGGAAAGAAUGGUGAUAUUCUGUUUCAUUUCAAUCCUCGAUUUAAGGAAAACUGUGUUGUGCGUAAUUCAUACCAACGCGGCACGUGGAGCAACGAGGAACGCAGUGGUCCGUUUCCAUUCGAGAAGGAACGCGGUUGUGAAUUAGCGCUUAGGAACGAUUCCCACCCAAUAAUGUAUGUGAACAACGAAUGCAUCAAUACGUUUGUGCUUGGUACGAUGAAUCCGGGGAAGGACUACGUUAGAACGGGAGUGUAUGGUGAUGUGGAGAUCACGAACAUCUCUGUCGUCUAA